UAUUUAAUAUAUAUUAACUAGUUAUUAAAUUAGAAGCUCAAAAGAAUUAAUUCAAGAUCGGAAAGGAUUCAAAUAAUCAAUAGUAGGAAUAUGAGUAUGACUAAUACACGUAGCAAAAAGAUUUGUUGUUCUAAGCUUUAAGAAAAUAUAUCCUUCUUUCAAAUAUGUUUUAGUCAAAAGGAAGAAGUUUAGUUUCUUUAUGUCAUCUCAAUGAAAAGUAGUAAUUUUAUUUUGCUAAAUGCUAUACAGAUCAAAAGCAAUCAAGAGAAAUCCUAUUGGUAUUUGUCAGAUUUUGCAACGUUUAAAAUUUCAAACAUUGUAAUUCAAAUUCCCACCUACCACAAUUAUACGCUCCAACGGAUAUUUCAUAUUCACACACCAUAUCAUGGACCCUUUUUCUCUUUCUGAAGAGGAGGACAAAAAAAAAAAAUCUGCUCCUCUCUCAUUCAAACGUUUCCAUAACCCUCUCUCUUCUCACAUACUACACAACACAAAACACAUACUUGAAGGGAUACACACUACCAUAUCUCCAUUUUUUUUUCUCACACAAUACAUACACUACAAAACACCUAUGUACAACACACACAAAGGGACUCCAUUUUCUUUCUUAACAUUUUUUCCCUCUCUCUAUCACCACCAACCCUAACUACUCUCUUCCUCUUUAUCUCUCCCAUGACAAGCAACAACCACCAUACCAUCUCCGGCCACCUUCACACCCUUUUUUCUCUCUUCCCCGCCGCACCACCAUCAAAUCGGCAAACCCUUCACCACCGGAACAACAGCAGCAACCAACGACAGCAGCAGCUGGCGGAUUUGUCAUCGCUGCUGCGUCUUCAACCAAACAAUCAUCGGAGUUUUGGCCUCCAAUUUGCAACCAGCCCCGCCCCCUCUCUUCUUCUACCGUCUCUCGUCGCUGCCUCGCCGGAGGUGGUGACCGACGAGGUUCAAACCUCCAACCGUACCACCCCUUCUCCUUUUCCCCGCGCCUCGCCGGAAUUGGUCGCCGGCGGGUGAGCCUUUAGUCGAAAAGAAAUUGCACUGCCUUUUCCUCCAUUGUUAUCGUCAAAUCUAACUGGAUUUGGCAUUACCAUUAACGUGUUGCUCCAGCGAUACUCGUCGUGAAAGUAACCUCUCCAAUCCCCUUUACAAUUAUUUGAUAUUUUUUGAUGGGGCUUGAAUUUUGAAACGAGAUUUUAUCUUGAUUCAAUUUUGUUGACUGUCUGUUGCUGCCUGCCUGGACUGCUUUCUUACAUUAGUUUAUUAAUUUCAGUUGAUUUGCUAAUAGUCUUGCAUUUUGGGGACUGCUUUAAUUGAUUUGUGAUGCGCUACACUGAUAAGGAACAGAUACUGUAUCUAUAUGCUUCUAUCCUGGCGGUGUUGUUUUAAUUAUCAAUGAGUCAUUAUUUGGACAUUUUUAGUAACCCACGUGUUUGCCUUUACUUUUUGUUAAUAAUGUUUCUUGCUUUACUUUUUCUUUGUUGAAUAUUACCUUUACUUUUGGUUUGUUGACUAUUUGUUGCUUAUAACUUUAUGGGUUUGAGCCGUUUUUGGACUAAUUUUACUCUUUUUAUUGCUUUAUCAGUUUAAAUUGAUAAAGAUUACGAUACUACACAUUUGUGGCCGAUGAAAAACUAUUAUUAAUUUGAGGCCUCCGUAAAUAAAAGACGAACUUUACGUGUACAAAUACGUAAUAAAAUAAAUAUUUUGGGCGAUGAUGAAAUUUUAUAACAACACAAGAUUUUACAAUUCAUAUUCUGACAAGACGAUUUAGGACAGUCAAUUAAUUGAGCAAUCACUUCGUAGCAAAACGAUUUUGGCCGACCAAUUAAUUGAGCAAUCAUUUCGCAGCCAUGACUUUACCUGAGCCCACUUUUUAACAAAAGUAUAUUUAAAUAUUUAUAUACACACAUACUUGUUUGAUUUAUUUUAAUUAUUAUUUAUUCGUGACUAACAUUUUUACAAGUGUAUAUACAGGUUAUUUGGAAUACUCGUCGGGAGCUGCAUUCAAAGAGACCCUUUUAAUUUUGCAUUGUAUUUUAUAUUUUUAUAUUUGUACAAAAAAACUUUAUUUUUGGGGCGUUGGGCGGGAGUGCUUUUAUACAUAAUUUCAUCACUUUUAGGCAAAACUUAGGCCGUCAAUAUAUUUAUAUAAAAUAAUUAACUUUAUCAAGUAAUUCAUACGUUUACAAGUUACAUAGUCUUUUCUUUAAAAUAAGUUUACUUAUUUCCAUUUAGUUUAUUUUUUAUACAUGUACUAAUAUAAUUUUGUUUAUACUUUUACAAAACAUAUAUAUAUUAUUUUAUUACACUUAAAUAAAAGUGUCAAGUUAAUUAAGUAAUUUACAAAUUUUGUAGUCUUUUCUUCUCAAAUAAAUUUUACUUUUCUUUAUAAGUUUAAUCAAAUAAAAAAUAUUACUUGUAAAUACAUUUAUUUUUAUGACAUAUUAAAAUACGUUUCUUUUUCAUGCAUUAUAAAAUAUUUUUCACAUGUAUUUACACAUUUUAUUUGUACAUAUCUUGUAUAUGUUUUAUAAUAAUGUUUUAUUUAUUGAUUUAAUAUACAUGUAUCUUUACAUAAUUUUAAAUAUUUAUAUUCUUAAAAGAAUUAUUUUAUAAUUAAAUACAUACUUUACAUUAUUUUAAAUAUUUAUACCCCCUCCCUCAUUGAUAAAUUUAGUUUAGCCGGGUACCAAAUUUGUGGAUCCUGAAGGGUGCCUAACCCCUUCCCUUCGGGAUAACUUGAACCCUUUCCUAGAAUCUUAAAUAGGUUUUCGCAGACUAAAAACAUUAAUAAUAUUUGUUAAUAAAUAGGUUUCCUUAUUUUCCUUAAAAAUUAGGUGGUGACUCUGUACAAUUUUCAUUCUUUUAGAGUCCAUAACGUCGUACUUGUUUUGACCUCAUGUAAAAUAGGGCCUCGACAGUCAUGAUCAUAAGACUUUCAGGGAUGUGUGUUAUGCUCUAGGUUUAUUAGACGAUGACAGAGAGUAUGUGGAUGCUAUAGUGGAAGCAAGUAAUUGGGGAAUGCCAUCAUAUCUAAGGCAAUUAUUUGCUAUGCUACUUUUAUCAAAUUCAAUGUCACGUCCAGAGAUUGUUUGGCAAUCAAGAGACAUUUACUACCAGAGGAUAUCCUUCAUGAACAAAGAAGAGUUUUAGACAACCCAGAAGUUAACCUAACAGAUGAUCUAGAAAAUCUUUGCUUGCAAAAGAUUGACCACUUUAUAAAAGGUUGUGGAAGAAGUUUUCUUGAUUUUCCAACAAUGCCAAUGCCUGUUUAUAACGAGGAAGAGGUUGACCAGAAUAAUAGAUUAAUUUGUGACAAAAUGCGUUAUAACAGACGAGCUUUAGCAGUGGAACAUCAACAAUUGGUUGGGAAUUUGAUAGAUGAGCAGAAGACUGUGUAUGAAAAGAUAAUAACAGCUGUGAAUGAAAACGAGGGUGAAUUUUUCUUUUUAUAUGAUUUUGGAGGAACAGGUAAAACUUUUAUUUGGAAUACUUUGUCUACUGCCAUAAGAUCUAAAGGAGAGAUUGUGUUAACAGUUGCUUCUAGCGGAAUUGCAUCUCUUUUGCUACCAGGUGGUAGAACAACUCACUCAAGAUUUGUAAUUCCACUAAAUAUAAUCGAAGAUUCGACAUGUAAUAUCAAGCAAGGUACUCCUUUAGCAAAUUUAAUUAUCAAGACAAAGUUGAUUAUCUGGGAUGAAGCACCAAUGAUGCAUAGAUACUGUUUUGAAACUCUUGAUAAAAGUCUAAGAGAUAUUCUUAGCUUCAAAGAUUCAUCCAAUUCACAAAGACCUUCUGGAGGUGAAACAGUUGUUUUUGGUGGUGACUUCAGAAAAAUAUUACCUGUCAUCCCAAAAGGUACUAGGCAAAAUAUUGUUAAUGCAACUCUCAAUUCUUCAUAUUUAUGGUCUCAUUGUCAACUGUUGCAACUAACAAAGAAUAUGAGAUUACAAGGUACUGCAAUAGAUCCAGAUCUGGAUGAGUUGAGAGAUUUUGCUAAUUGGAUUUUGGCUGUUGGUGAUGGUAGGAUUGGAAGUUCAGUUGAUGGCAUUGAAAAAGUUCCUAUACCAAAGGAUCUUCUGAUAAAUGAGUCCAUUCAUCCAAUAUCUUCUAUUGUCGAAAGUACGUAUCCAGAUUUUAUUAGUCGCUGCAAUGAUAUAGGAUACCUACAAAAAAGAGCCAUUCUUGCUCCAACUCUUGAUAUGGUGGAAUCAAUCAAUCAAUAUAUGAUUUCUCUCAAUCAAAAUCCUAAGAAAUCAUAUUUGAGUUCUGAUAAAAUUUGUGGCUCUGACCAAACUUAUUCAGCUUUGGAACAUGUACAUACACCAAAAUUUUUAAAUACUAUUAAAUGUUCUGGUGUACCAAAUCAUGCUAUCACUUUAAAGGUUGGAGUUCCGGUGAUGUUAUUAAGAAAUAUUGAUCAGUCAGCAUAAUUGUGUAAUGGAACAAGGUUGAUUGAAACUAGACUUGAAAAUCAGGUAAUUGAAGCUAAAGUUUUUUCUGGACAGAUGGUUGGACAGAAAGUGUUUAUUCCAAGAAUGACUUUAACACCAUCUGAUGCUAGAAUUCCAUUUAAGUUUCAAAGAAGACAAUUUUCAAUUACGGUAUCCUUUGCCAUGACAAUCAACAAAAGUCAAGGACAGUCUCUAUCUCACGUGGAAUUAUUUUUGAAAAAGCCAGUAUUUAUACAUGGACAACUGUAUGUAGCUCUUUCCCGGGUGAUAAGUAGAAAGAGAUUAAAAAUAUUGGCUUAUGAUGAAGAUGGGCAGAUUACAAACGUAGUUUAUAGAGAAGUUUUUCAAAAUUUGGUCU